ACCACUUUUCACUCUUCAUGCUGGGGGAUUUAAUACAUUUAGUUGGGAGUUCAGAGGCAAAUAAAAACGUAUAUACAAACACAAGAUAUAAUUUCAUGUGGAAUAUUUCAAGAUAAGGACUAUCACCCUUUAAUUGUCGGUAAAUUUGUCAAAGUUUCUUGCACUGCCAAAGUUGACCCACCCGGGUCGAUGUCUAUAUUGGUAGAUCCCCAACUGUUCUAUUUCCUUCGAUUCUAGUAUCCAGCGAGCGGCAGCCAUGAGGUAAGUUAGCUUGAAUGUUUGUCACCAAAAAUGUAGGUUAUAACCGUGGAUAUUUAUUUAAUGUUUGGUUGUCAAGUGUUAUCUAAGAGAAAGGGCUCAUCUGAACCAUUCUACUUUGAGUGAAGUCGCGUAUUUUUGACGAUAAUGUGAGUCGGGCCUGUAUCGGUGAGCUAGCCGGGCUAAGCUAACGAGACAUGUCUGGACUAGCCUUCGUUAUAGACAUAUAACUGCUGCUCAACGACAAACCAAUAAUAUAUAACGUGGCAAUAAUAUAUUUUAAUACGACUUUAUUCCAGUCAACUGGCCUGUGAAGUCGAUCUUAUAAGUUAUCUUAAAUGAUAAUGAAUUAAUGUGGGCUAGCGUUGCUAUGAUAGCCGCAGUGAACCUUCACACGCUUGUUAGCCGAAGAACAUGCCGAUAUUAUUUGUCUCACACUUUUAGUCUGUUUUCUCUCUCUUACACGUGGUAGUUCGAGUUCAAUAUAAUGUCAGCUUCAAAGGGUUGUCUCCAGAGCUCAAGUAAAAUCACUCAACAGCUGCACAUUUCACUCAUCCGUCUGCCAGAGUCUCUCAAAGUUGGUGAAACCAUCUGAUGUGACAGCUCCUUAACAAACAUAAUGCCACAGUUACGACACCAUUCCUUUUAUAGCCUAUACUUGAAUUGUUUCUAUGUAUUCUAUAUUGGCUUACUAUAAGGAUAAACCUGCAUCACACCGUAGUCUUAUUUUGUUGAAGAAUUAGUUUUUGUUCACUCUAAACAGAAGCAUCACUACUUGGGGUCAGGCCUAGGCGAUUAAGCAAAAAAAAAAAAAAGAUCACGAUAUAUUCUGUUGUAUCGUCCGAUCUCGAUUAUUAUCGCGAUUUUUUAAACUGUCAGUUUACUAAAGAAACUACAGAUUAGUUCAACAUUUUAUCAACAUCCAAAAUAAACUCCAAAGCAAAUGGAAUAAGAAACGUAGAAAAAUAUAAACAUUUUAACUCAACAAUACAAAAAAUUUAGAUAAACACCAAAUAAUACAGUGAACUAGUUCACAGUCCUGGGUGUUAAUAAACAAAUGGCCCCCUCAGGGAUAAUCAAGACGCCUCAAAAUGUCAACAUUUUUCAUGCUUUCUGCAUAAUCACUCAGGAAGUACCUCUCCAGAUGACUAAACAGAACUGUUGUGUUGCCGGUUUUUGAGGGCACCGACCGCCAACAUACUUUAUACAUCUGCUUAAUUGGAGAUACCCGAACCACCGCAACACAACCAACGUUGAAUAACUUUUUUUUCCCCAACAAUGGCAUCUUCUGAGGAUGACUCAAAGUCAAGGCUGACAUCUGUUUUGCUGCCCUCAGCUCCACGUUUAGCUUCAUGUCGGGUCAUUCUGUUUACUUCUCCGGUUUACUUCUCCAGCAACUUACAGAAGUGAGCAGGAAACGCUCGACUCUGAUUGGCUGUUGUGACGCACAUUUCCUCUAUGUUUGAUCGAGUAAAUAUGCUCACAGCUGAUCACCGUGAUCGAACUGAAAUUUAUCACAAUCGUAUCAUUGCCCAGUCCUACUUGGGGGGUGUAUCGCUGCUAAACAAUUGUAAAAUUUUCUAAAUAAAUAAGAUGAUUCAUUCAUUGGUGAAGUUCAUAGAAAAUAUUAAAGGCGCCAAUAUGCUGGAAAUGUGACAUUCCCUGCCAAAAAUAAACCCCUUUCCUCUUUAUCUAGCAUGCUCAGGCUCCAGAAGCGCUUGGCAUCCAGCGUCUUGCGCUGUGGCAAGAAGAAGGUGUGGCUGGAUCCAAAUGAAACCAACGAGAUUGCCAACGCAAACUCUCGUGAGUGACUUGCUUUGCUUUGAAGUGUUCUCCAUCUGUGGAUUUGUAUGAUCUUGGCUCCAUAAUCAAACAUCUGUAUUACGUUGUGUUUGUACCACAGGCCAGCAGAUCCGAAAACUGGUCAAGGAUGGGUUGAUCAUCAGAAAACCCGUGACCGUUCAUUCCCGUGCUCGCUGCCGGAAGAACACCUUGGCGCGUCGCAAGGGACGUCACAUGGGCUAUGGUGGGUAAUUGGUUUACAAGUGAUUUUUAUGUUAUUAAAUUCAGACAGAUUGUACUGUAAAUCAUUAGCAGGAAUGACAGAGAACAUGCAUACGCAAAAACAUUGUUUUUUUUUUUCUGUGAAACUGUUAAUGAAUCCAGCAAAAGAAGUUGAAUAAAAUCACCUUUUUUCCUGCGCCAGGUAAGAGAAAGGGUACAGCCAACGCUCGUAUGCCAGAGAAGCUGACAUGGAUGCGGCGCAUGAGAAUUUUGCGCCGUCUUCUAAGACGCUACAGGGAGUCCAAGAAAAUUGACAGGCACAUGUAAGUAUGAAGUUCAGUGUUGAUGGCAAACAUGCAAGUGUUGGUGUCGAGUGUUGGUAUGAGUGACAGAGUUAAUGAAGAGGCACUCAAGGGUUUUCUUUCACCUUUAGGUAUCACAGUCUCUAUCUGAGGGCCAAGGGUAAUGUCUUCAAAAACAAACGCAUCCUGAUGGAGCACAUCCACAAACUGAAGGCAGACAAGGCUCGCAAGAAGCUUCUGGCGUAAGUUUCUCCUUUUUUUUUUAAGAAGUGUUUCAGAGCUUCAAUAUGUUUAUUUUUGCAUUUCUUAUUUUUCUUACCACAGAGCAAUACUUAUUUACGAGAUUAACCAAGUUUGUGACCAAGUUUGAGCUUUCAUCUACAUUUGUUUUUAUAUUUAUCAUACAUGAUUUCUUUAUUUUACCUCUUGAAAUAAAUGAUUAAAUGUUUUCGGUCUCCACCUCUUUACUCACCCAGUGACCAGGCUGAAGCUCGUCGCUCAAAGACAAAGGAGGCUCGCAAACGCAGAGAAGAGCGUCUUUUGGCCAAGAAAGAGGAGCUCAUCAAGAACCUGUCCAAGGAGGAGGAAACUGCAAAGAAGUGAAUCUAAUACCAAUUCUCUUAAAAAAAUAUAUAGCUUUUUCUUAAAUUUGGAUAUGAGACACAUUAUUUCUGUUUUCAAUUCUGUAUGGUAACGUAGUGGUCUCGCAUUGAACCAGUUUAAGAUUUUUCCAGUUUGCCUCAAUAAAAUAAAGAGAAAAAGCCCCUCCUCUCCUCCCAGACUGUUUUGUUCUGUGUGAACUCCAUUACAGAGUGACGGCAGCUCAUUAUCACGUUACACAGCUAAGAAACUCUGUGGUGUAUUUUUAAGAGCGUGCCCAUCAACAGUCCAGCAGGUGGCAGCAGAGAGCUAAAGAUGGAGACAGUGGCACGUCUUGUUUAUUUCAAACAGAUGUUCAAACCACCAGACAAUAUCAACUCAUUUAAUAAUUGAUUUUAUAAUCUGUGCUGUUCCCAGAGGCGUCAUCGGCAUGAUUAACAGUAUCUAAUCUCAUUUGGAAUAUGUAACUACACCAGGAAACUGCCAUCAAAGACUGACAACAAAGAAGCAAAAGUACUUCUCUUGCUUCUUUGUUGCCUCUUGUUUUAAACUUUCAGCCUCAGGAUUAACAAGUUUGUGUUUAUCUUACUCUAUACUGUGCUCCUAGGUUUAACAAUGAGACUUUAUAGCAGCUGUUUUUCCUCAGUGUUGAAAUACAUUUUUUAUGACGCUCUAUUAAAAAAACAUCCAUAAAUAUGCUUUCUCCCUUGCUGAGGCAAGUAAAUAUGAAGUUUAAAGAUGAAAAGUGUUUUUACAUUUAAUAGUUUAUUCAGGAUCUGCACUUUUCCCUCCUCAGUGAUUUCACAAAUUUAGCAUCCUCUGUUACAAGACAGGUCAGAUUGGGGCUCCAUGAACAAUUGUAAGGGAGCUUUUGUGUGCCCAUGUUCAUACAAAUAAAAUUGCAGCUCAGAGUGCUUUACAUCAAAAUUUAAAGUUAUUAGAAUAAACUAAAACAGACAAUAAAAUAUGAACUUGAAUUUAUUAAUAAAAUACGGUAAAAAGUAAUACUAAAAAAUAAAUUAUAAUAGUAAUUAAAAUAAUGAAGCUUUAUAUCAAAACCAGGCUUAGGUUACGUUUAAAAAUGUAAAUAUUUGCAGUUUGUCUCAGACCCUCUGGAAGUUUGUUCCACAGUUUUGGAGCGUAGCAGCUAAAAGAAGCAUCACCAAAUCUUUUUGUUCUGCUCUGUGGAACGACUAAAAGAGAAGAUGGAGAGGAUCUGAGAGGCCGCCCUGGUUCAUGAAUUAAAAUUAUCUUUCAAAGGUAUUCUGGUGCCAGGCCAUGUAGAGCUUUAUAAACUAGUAAAAGAAUUUUAAAAUUAAUGUGAAAACUAACAGGCAGCCAGUGGGUGUAAUAUGAGCUCGCCUCCUGGUCCUAGUCAAAACUCUAGCAGCAGAGUUUUGGAUCAGUUGUAGCUGGUUUAUUGUGCUUUUGGGUAGACCAGGGAGGAGAGCAUUACAGUAGUCAAGCCUGAUGGUUAUAUAAGCGCGCAUUAGUCUCUCUGUCUGCCUCAGAGAGAGAAACAGUCGUACUUUAGCAAUGUUUUUAAGGUGGUAAAAGGCUGUUUUAGUGACCCCCCUAACAUGAGUAUUCAAAUUAAAAUCAGCAUCAAAGACCACCCUGAGAUUUCGUGCUUCUUAGCAAUAUACAUUUUUCUUUUUGUAAAAUAAAGAGGAUGCAGUCCAAUUACAAAAACUCAGUAAACCAACUUAAGAACCUUUUCUUUUGCUGAAUCCGAGGAGAUAAACUUCUGCUUUUGCACCACCUUUGGUUAGUGAUUAGUUAUUUCAGAUGGUAAAACUUGGGUCCUCAAAUGCCUCCAUACCCGUUUUAGGUUUUCCUCUGCCUAUGUGAGUUUGGAUUGGGUUUUGAGAUGCAUGGUUAAUCAAUUAAUCUACCCAACCGAGCAAUAAUUUGGCAUUUACUCUAAAUUCACCUCUAACUGAUCGCAGCUGAACUACACAACACAGCAAACUUUGUCCCUUACUGACACACAGAUGAACCCAAACAAUUAUGAUUUAAUGUCAAAGUUUUAUGAAUAAAUGAUUUAAACUAUGAAUAAAUAAUCCUCCUCAUAAAAUAUUUUCUCUACUUGCUCUUCCUGAAGCAACAAAAGACACAAAUAUCACACCUUCGUUCAAACAUCAGCCGUGCUCCAGCUUUCAACUGCUGUCAGCCACAUCAAGCCUUCGCCACUGACGCUCCAGUCAUCCAGUCAUUCUCACUUCGAGCUCAGGCCUUGAAGGAUCCCGUCUGUUGUGCUCCCUGGAGAUGGCUUGAAUCGAGCGUUUACAGAUGCAGCCGUCGCUUACGCGGACAGACAGGCUUCUGUUUAAAGAAGAUCCUGCUCAGGUUUGACUAGAAGAUCAUAUGAAAGAGCUUUUACAACCACUUUUAGUUUUUGGUUUGCAGGUGUGAAUUAAAACGAAUACAGUCACCUAAAAAUACAGCUGACUUUCUAAACUCAAAGAUCAUUUUCCACUCAUGAUUCUCCACGGAGGGCCCACUUUCUCCUCACUAGCAGAUGUUUCCCCUGUUUUAAGUCCCGGUUGCAGCAGCUUCUGUUGGUGGAUUAUGCACCAUCAUGCAUAAACAAUAGCACACCCAGGCUUUAGAGGUUGCCAGUGAAGAACCCUUGUGUCUAAAAUCUGGGUUUCAAAGGCCUUGAGGAGCUGGAAUGAAGCAGCAUAAUGCAUCUGCUUACCUUGAUAUCCUUUUUUAAUGUUUAUACGCCGCAGCUCCGCAUACUGUCCCUGCAAUGCAGCUUAAAAACGCCUGUGAUUCUCUGAAAACAUCUGCGAUAAAUAAAUAGAAAUAAAAAGUUAAACCAUCCAUACGAAUAAAUGUGAGUUCUACAGUAAAAUGUCGUAAGGAUUGCUGAGGGAGAAAACAGGCUUUGUGCAGCGAGGCCAUUUUGGUGCUGGGUUAAUGUAUUUCUUCAUUACCAGGAGGCACUCCUAUUUCCUGAAGCGUGAGCUUUAAUGGGAUUAGAUAGGAGAGGAAUAUGAGAUGAAACGAAGCAGUGCUCUUUAUUGCAGUUGGCCUUCAACCCAGUCAAAACAAAUGGAGCACACUGAAGAGUUCAGGGCGUCUGUAAUAGUAACAGAGAUGAGGUGACGGAGGUGAGAAAGGAGGGAUCAUUUUUAAACGUGUAAACAUUUAUUUAAAAAUCUGAAAGAACUACACUUUCCAGGCACAGAAGUACCUUUACGUUCUGUUUUUAGAUGUCACUCUCAAGCAUUUAACAU